AUGUCCCUUGUCAAUUCUCGUCGCGAUGAGGAUAACGAGGAGUGGAUUGAUAGCUUCUUUGCGAGUGGCUGUCGAGGAGAUCAAACGGCCUCAGGUAAUGUGAUUCAUGGCAGAAUCAGCGGUGUUGCUCGAAAAUACCCGUCUGACUCCGAAGAGCUGUCACUCUUCCACAAGAGGGUAUUAUGCUGCGAUUUGCAGGCACAGGACCUGGACCUGACACAUGGCUCACCGCACGCGUGGCUCUUCUUUGUGACGAAAACCCUGUUUCAAGAUGGCUAG